AUGUCGGAACUGCAACUGUGGGAUGCCACCUGCAAAGCCUGGGGCUUACACGUCGUUCAAAGCAAGACUCCCGUCUCCGAUUUAUCUAAGCAGGACACAGAUUUGGUUCAGCAGCUCAAAGAAGUGGCUGAGAAUGUUGAGAUCCGUGAUCCCGAAGUGAAUUGGUUCCUCAUCAAGGAUUCUGUAUCAGCCCAACCUUACGAUACGGCGGACACCUCAAUCCUCAUUCAGACACUGCAGCUGGGUGGAACGACGAAUACGGAAACCCUGCAGAUCCAGAACAGUAGUGAAUCUUCACAAGAAGAGAAGACAUUCUCCAUUCUCUUGUAUGCCGUCAUCCUCCGUAGCUGUCGUCAAAACUUCUGGCUCGGUCAAAGCGUCGAGAAAAUCAACUUUGAUCCAGGGAGUGGCAAUUUCGGCUCGGUUAAUAUCUUGUAUGACACUGUGAGUAAGGCGGUCUUUGCCGAAAAGCGCUGUACUCUUCCGCGUGGCAGACCGGCUCUGGCAAACGAAGAGAGCUUACUCAAACGUUUGGAUCACAUCCACAUCGUUCGAUUUAUCGUUGAAGGCAUGACAAAAACGCUGGGUAAAAUACCCGAAGAUGAUGCUCGUGCUGUCGCUCGUCAAAUCCUUGAUGGACUUGGGUAUUUGCACAGCCAGGACCCGCCCAUAGUCCACAGGGACAUCAAAGGUGCUAAUCUGUUACCCUCGACGGAUGCGUCAAGAUCGCCGAUCUUGGCCUCGCGAAACCAUUACUUGAACGCGCGAACAUUUGCGAGAACGGUUCCCUGGAUGGCUCCCGAAAUAGUCAAUAACGCCAAGUACUGUGGGACGAAAGUCGAUGUUUGGAGUUUCGGGUGUACGAUUAUCGAGAUGCUGUGUGGCGGCCAUCCAUGGACACGAAAAGGACUUGGGCACUUUGAAGCGAUGAAAAGGAUUACUGCGUUUAUCAUGCCCAUACCAGAUGGCAUCUCUCUUGAGCUGCAGGAGAUGUUUGCGCAGAUUUUUGUUGCGGCUGCUGAAAGGAAAUCGGUCAACGAUUUGUGGCUGGGUUGCGACUGGAUAUGGAACAAGCAGACUUGA